CUCUCAGGGUCUGCCGGCGGCGCGAGCCGCGGCUCCUGCGCCAAGGAUCGGCCUGCUUGGGCGCGCGUGCGCGCUAGUGUCGGCGCGCGCGGCCCCUCUGAGACGCACGCGGCCCCGCGCCCCGUCGCUUCUCCCUCAGUCGAUGGUUUCGCUGCCGCCGCCGCCGCCGCCCCUCAGCGUGAGGCGAAGGCGCCUCCUCGGCCUCUCCCGCCGCCGCCCCCCGCCCGCCGCCCGGCCUUCCUCUUCGUCCCUCGCGGCGACCGGGUGAAGGAAGGCAGGAAGGGCGAGCGAGCGAGCGAGGAGGGAGGGAGGAACAUGGCGCCGCCUCCUCCACCCUCGCCGCCGCCGCUUCGGGUCCUCGUCCGCCCCGCCCCGAGAGCCCGGCCUGGCCCGGCCCCGCCGCCCCCGACCCGGAAAAAUGCUGAGCAUCCAGUUGUGAGGAUCAGUGACAACUGAGCUGCUGGUGGCCACCAAGAGUGGGAACAGUUGUCUUUGCUGUGCUAAUCGUCCUUAAUCUGAACUGCCAGUAGUACCCCUCAGCAUUUUGAGGUUGCCCAGGAGAACCCUGAUAGCCUAAGAAGCAGCCCCGCGCAGAACAGGAUGUUUGGACGAUGAUGAUGGCAAGGAAGCAAGAUGUCCGCAUUCCCACCUACAACAUCAGUGUGGUGGGUUUGUCCGGGACUGAGAAGGAGAAAGGCCAGUGCGGUAUCGGGAAGUCCUGCCUCUGCAAUCGGUUUGUGCGGCCGAGAGCAGACGACUUCCACUUGGACCAUACCUCCGUUCUCAGCACCAGUGACUUUGGAGGACGGGUGGUUAACAAUGACCACUUCCUGUAUUGGGGAGAAGUGGUGCGCUCUCUGGAGGACUGUGUGGAAUGUAAAAUGCACGUUGUGGAACAGACAGAAUUUAUUGACGACCAGACUUUCCAGCCGCACCGCAGCACCGCCCUGCAGCCCUACAUUAAGAGGGCCGCGGCGACCAAGCUGGCCUCCGCCGAAAAGCUCAUGUACUUUUGCACCGAUCAGCUCGGCCUGGAGCAGGACUUUGAGCAGAAGCAGAUGCCCGACGGGAAGCUCCUGGUAGACGGCUUUCUCCUCUGCAUCGACGUCAGCAGAGGCAUGAACAGGAACUUUGACGAGCAGCUCAAGUUUGUCUCCAACCUCUACAAUCAACUCACCAAGACGAAAAAGCCCACGGUGGUGGUCCUGACGAAGUGCGACGAAGGGGUGGAGCGGUACAUUCGAGAUGCACACACUUUUGUCUUCAGCAAAAAGAACCUUCAGGUGGUGGAGACCUCGGCCAGAUCCAACGUGAACGUUGACUUGGCUUUCAGCACGUUGGUGCAGCUGAUCGACAAAAGCAGGGGAAAGACUAAGAUUAUCCCAUAUUUCGAGGCUUUGAAACAGCAGAGCCAACAGAUUGCUGCAGCAAAGGAUAAGUAUGAGUGGCUGGUCAGCCGUAUUGUUAAAAACCACAACGAAACUUGGUCCAACGUCUCACGAAAGAUGCAAUCCUCUCCGGAAUAUCAGGAUUAUGUCUACCUGGAAGGGACCCAGAAAGCAAAGAAACUUUUCUUACAGCACAUCUUUCGCCUCAAGCAGGAGCAUAUCGAGCGGAGGAAAAAGAUGUACCUGGCUAUGUUGCCUCUUGCCUUUGAUGCUCUGAUUCCAAACCUGGAUGAAAUCAACCACUUGAGUUGCAUCAAAGUGGAGAAGCUGCUGGAGACCAAGCCAGACUUCUUAAAGUGGUUUGUCGUGCUUGAGGAGACGCCCUGGGAUGCCACCAGCCACAUCGACAACAUGGAGAACGACCGCAUUCCGUUUGAUGUGAUGGACACCUUGCCUGCCCAGCAGCUCUACGAGACCCACCUGGAAAACCUGAGGAAUGAGAGGAAGAGGGCAGAAAUGAGAAGGGCUUUCAAAGAGAAUCUGGAGACGUCCCCUUUCAUAACCCCGGGAAAACCUUGGGAAGAAGCUCGCAGUUUCAUCAUGAAUGAGGAUUUUUACAUGUGGCUAGAAGAAUCUGUGUACAUGGACAUUUACAGUCGGCACCAGAAACAAAUUAUCGAGAAGGCCAAGGAGGACUUCCAGGAACUGCUCCUCGAGUAUUCAGAACUCUUUUAUGAGUUGGAGCUCGAUGCCAAACCCAGCAAAGAAAAAAUGGGGGUCAUCCAGGACGUCUUGGGGGAAGAGCAGAGAUUUAAAGCGUUGCAAAAACUGCAGGCUGAACGAGACGCCCUGAUCUUGAAACAUAUUCACUUUGUCUACCAUCCCACCAAGGACACUUGUCCCAGCUGCCCAGCUUGCGUAGAUGCUAAAAUAGAGCACUUAAUAAGUUCCAGAUUUAUCAGGCCUUCGGAUCGCAAUCAGAAAAACUUGCUUUCUGACUCCAACAUCGACCGCAUCAACUUAGUCAUUCUUGGGAAAGAUGGACUUGCUCGUGAGCUGGCCAAUGAGAUCCGAGCUCUUUGCACGAACGAUGACAAGUACGUGAUAGACGGGAAAAUGUACGAGCUCUCCUUGAGACCCAUCGAGGGUAACGUGCGGCUCCCGGUUAAUUCUUUCCAGACGCCAACCUUCCAGCCCCACGGCUGCCUCUGCCUUUAUAACUCUAAGGAAUCUUUAUCUUACGUUGUGGAGAGCAUUGAGAAGAGUAGAGAGUCCACCCUCAGCCGAAGGGACAAUCACUUAGCUCACCUUCCCCUCACCCUAAUUCUGGUGAACAAGAGAGGGGACACCAGUGGAGAAACACUACACAGUUUAAUACAGCAAGGGCAACAGAUUGCGAGUAAAUUGCAGUGCGUGUUCCUCGACCCGGCUUCCACCGGCAUAGGAUAUGGGCGCAACAUUAACGAAAAGCAGAUCAGCCAAGUCCUGAAAGGCUUGCUGGAUUCUAAGCGCAACUUAAACCUGAUGAGCUCAACCGCAAGCCUUAAAGAUCUGGCCGACAUCGACCUCCGGAUCGUCAUGUGCUUGUUGUGCGGAGAUCCUUUUAACGCUGACGAUAUCCUUCUCCCCAUUCUUCAGUCCCAAUCCUGCCGGCCUUCCCCGUCUGGAAGCAGCAAUUCCGUGUUACUUGAAUACCCCAUCGGACCCCACAAGAGGCGCAUAGAACUCUCCUUGCUGUCUUUCCACUCCGCCUUUAGCAUUCGCAAAAGCUGGCUGGUCCACGGUUACAUUUUGUUUUACUCCGCCAAGCGCAAGGCAUCUCUGGCUAUGCUGCGUGCCUUUCUUUGCGAAGUGCAGGACAUUAUCCCCGUUCAGAUUGUGGCGCUCACGGAGGGCUCCAUCGACGUUCUAGACAACGAUCUGAGUCGAGAACAGCUCACGGAAGGGGAGGAAAUCGCCCAGGACAUCGAAGGGAAAUUCACAAGCAUGCCCUGCAGCCAGCCUCAACACAAGCUGGAGAUUUUCCACUUGUUCUUCAAAGAUGUGGUGGAGAGGAAGAACAUCAUCGAGGCGACCCACAUGUACGACAACGCGGCGGAAGCCUGCAGCACCACGGAAGAAGUGUUCAACUCUCCCCGGGCCGGCUCCCCUCUUUGCAACUCCAACCUGCAGGAUUCUGAAGAAGACAUCGAGCCUCCCAGCUACAGCCCUUUCAGAGACGACGGCACCAUGGCCACCUUGUCCAAAGACCUUUCCAAGCUCUCCAUGGAACUGGAGGGCAACGAUGGGCUUUCGGUCUUCUCUGUGAUGAGCACUUUCGAAAGCAAACUGAACAACAAAGUACCUCCACCCGUGAAACCAAAGCCCGCUGUCCAUUUUGAUAUCACCAAGGGAGAUCUCGCUUACUUGGAGCAAGGACACCGAGACGGACAACGGAAACCGGUCUCCUCCAGUAGCUGGCCACCUACCGACGGCUUUGACCCUUCGGAUUAUGCCGAGCCCAUGGACGCCGUGGUCAAGCCCAGGAACGAGGAGGAGAACAUCUACUCUGUGCCUCACGACAGCACCCAAGGCAAAAUCAUCACCAUUCGGAACAUCAACAAAACCCAGUCCAACGGCAGCGGCAACGGGUCAGACAGCGAAAUGGACACCAGCUCCUUAGAGCGGGGGCGCAAGGUGUCGCUAACUAGCAAGCCGGUGCUGUAUCGAACCCGAUGCACGAGACUUGGGCGAUUUGCCAGUUUCAGGACCAGUUUCAGUAUAGGGAGCGAUGAUGAGUUGGGGCCGAUUAGGAAGAAAGAAGAGGACCAGACGUCCCAAGGCUAUAAAGGAGAUAACGCUGUAAUUCCCUACGAGACUACUGAUGAAGACCCCAGGAAAAGAAAUAUCUUGCGUAGCUUGAGGAGGACCACCAAGAAACCAAAGCCUAAGCCUCGACCAUCUAUCACAAAGACUACAUGGGAGAGCAACUAUUUUGGGGUGCCUUUGACCACUGUAGUGACCCCAGAGAAGCCCAUCCCCAUUUUUAUUGAGAGAUGCAUUGAAUACAUUGAAGCAACAGGGUUGAGUACCGAAGGGAUCUACCGGGUGAGUGGAAACAAAUCUGAAAUGGAAAGUUUACAGCGGCAAUUUGACCAAGAUCAUAACCUGGACUUUGCUGAGAAGGAUUUCACUGUGAAUGCUGUAGCUGGAGCCAUGAAGAGCUUCUUCUCAGAGCUGCCGGAACCCCUGGUGCCCUACAACAUGCAGAUCGAGCUGGUGGAGGCCCACAAGAUUAACGACCGGGAGCAGAAGCUGCACGCCCUUAAAGAGGUGCUGAAGAAAUUCCCCAAGGAGAACCACGAGGUCUUCAGAUAUGUGAUCUCUCAUUUGAACAAAGUGAGCCACAACAACCGCACCAACCUGAUGACCAGCGAGAACCUCUCCAUCUGCUUCUGGCCCACCCUGAUGCGGCCCGACUUCAGCACCAUGGACGCCCUGACCGCCACCCGCAUCUACCAGACAAUCAUCGAACUCUUCAUCCAGCAGUGCGCUUUCUUCUUCUACAGCCGGCCCAUCGCCGAGCUCCCCGGCGCCACCCCCAACUCCCCCUCGGCCCUCCCCGUCUGCGCCCCGUUCCUCUCCUCCACGCCCAUGAUGGCCCAGCCCUCCCCGCCCCAGACGCCGCCCCCCUCGCCCCAGUCGCCCCUGCAGGCCCUGCUCCCGCCGCAGCUCCAGGCCGAGCAGCACACACUGUGAACAGCGGGCCGGGUCAGGAAGAAAGGCCUCCGUUCCGAUGACACACAGGACGAGAGUGGGAAGCGGAUCCUCCCUGGCGUCUGUCGGCCCGCCCUCGCCUCCGCCGUUGGGCUUCAGACUUGUGUUGGGCCGAGCAGCGGCGGGCUGGCGCCUUGGACCCCCCUCUGCAGCCUUGCUCGGCCUCGGGGCUGGCACAGGAGGGCACCCCGGGGCUACAAGCAGGAGGAGAGUCUGGACCCCUUUCCCAGGCAGCGUCCAUUCCAUCAGGAUCGACUCGGACCCAAGCAAGCGAGGCAGGUUUAAGCCCAGUCGGGGUGUUGGACCCCCCCUUCCUCGGCCUCAAUCCGUGCCUGGACAGAGAGGACUGUGAAGCAAGAGGGGGGCUCCUUCCCUCCCCCCUCCCCCCAAGCACAUUCCAGGAACAAUGGAGGCCUAUCCUGCAGUGCUGGACAUCUCACCUCUGUUUGGGGACCGUCUCUUUCCUUCAGACCAAUUUAGCCCAUCCCCAGUAGUAGCCCAGACAAGCUGGAUCCACUCAACUCAAGCAAAGGCUGGAAUGUCACGUCCUCUUGACCCAAAAGUCUCGGAAUAGGGAGGAAGAAGAGUCCGGACCGUUCGCGGCUGGCAGAGUUUCCCGGGCAGUGACGCCGCAGGGCCGCCCUGCUGGCUGUGCUGUCCCCCUACGACAAAUCAUGGCAUCCCUCUCACCCCCUUCUUCCCCCCCCCCCCGCCUCCCUGCCUCCCCUCCUCCCUCGCCUGCCCUGGAAGGAUAUGGGUGUUAGCACUUAGCAGAGGAGAGAAAGAGAGGAGCAGAAGGAAGGCUCACAUCCACUUGCAAAGCAGAUUGCGGUUUUGCUGUCGGGCCUGGGGUUGGACUCCUUUGGAACACUACGUUGACAGAAACACUGUUGUUGGUUGUGUGCGUGUGUGUGCGUGCGUGUGUGUGCCUGGUUGGAAGCAAGUGGGGAGAAGAGGUGAUGGGGGGGGGGGGAGAAGCAUUGCUAGCAAAGAGAGAGCAGCGCUAGCCUGCAAACCUCCCUUCCUUUCACCCCCUAGAAAUUGGAAAAAGGCAAGAGUGGCGUAUUGGAAAGGCCGCUUCGCUUGAGUCUCUCAGAGGAGACUGGAAAAAAGAUGGGCAAAAAGAGGGUUGAAGGGGGGGGGGACUAAGGGGGUUGUUUCUGGCUGCUUCGGUGCAGGAGCUCUGAGCCAGCUCCUUGGGGCAGCCCAGGCUUCACUGCCCCACCAGGAAGAUGGCAGCCCUGCGGGGGGGACGCGGGGCCGAUGGGAAAGGCUUCAAACCCCUGAGCAGAGCCCUGCCCCUGUGCCCCCUUCAGCGCCAUCCCCUUCCUGGGCGCCAGGCCAGUGGAUGGCCCAGGGGCAGCUUCUCCCUUGCCCUGGAAGCCUUCGGCGGGCCCCGUCAGCCCUUCCCCCGGGGGCCUCCCCCUCCUCCCCAAAGGGGUUCGCGCAAAGCCAGCUUCCUGGUUGGGGAGGCGCCGCAGAUGAACCCCUCGGGAGAACCGGUCAGGGUUUCUGCACCGGGUACGUGAAGGGGAUUGUGUAUCAGCAGUGCCUGGUAAACUGCCCUGUUUGUGUCUCUGUCUGGCUGUUUGUGUGUGUGUGUGUGAGCGUGCAAGAGGGAGCGGGGUAUAUUCUCAUCAAUGGGGCAGUUUGAACUGGACUUUCCACGGUACCACUGGGAGGACAGGGGAGCGAUCCCUAUGCCAUCCUCACCAUCUUUUCGCACUUUAAAAUGAAACCUGUGGUUUAUUGCUGUUUUUAAGCCUUUCGAGGAUAUUUGUGUUACAUUCGUUGGGUGGGAGUGAAAUUCCGGUCCUUCUCCCACCCUCUCCAUCCCCCCUCCCCCCCAAACUUCUCUUCCACUUCCAUUCUGCUUCCUGGUAUCCAGAGCCCCUCUUCCUUCCCCUCCCUCCCCCCCCUCUCUCUCUUCCUCCCUCUCUCUCUCUCUCUCUCUCUCUCUCUCUCUCUCUCUUAUAAAUAAGCUGAAUUAUGUACUCCUUAUUUUAGAACCACAUUUAAAAGUUGUAUCUGUGUCAGAAUCGUGUGCUUUAAAAGCCCCUCUUUGCAAGCGUUCCUCGUUUUUUAUAACUCUCACCGCCUUUUGUGUAAAUAAUAGAAAGGGUUUGUUUUCCACUCUGACAAGGAACAUGGCAUCAGCCCCCCCUCCUCCAUUAUGCAUGCGCCAUGUGAACCAAACACACAGACGGGGAGGGGGGGGACCGAAAGCUUGUAGGAAGGAGGCCGAGAAGGCUGGAAAAAUUCCCUUCUGACCUUUUUUUCCUGGGCGGGAAAAAAUAAAUGGAAAUCCCACCUGAGCUGCAGUCUUUGGGCUGUUGACCCAAAUGGGGGGCUGGUGUGGGACGCCGUUUCCCACCUGGGACGGGGCUUCUGUUCAGCACGCGUUGAGUGCCGCUGUGCCUUCUUUGUGAGUGUGCUAAAAAAUCUCUCUUUUAACAAUUGCUAGUAACUCCUGCAGUUAGGGAGGGCAGCCUCCCUUAAUCUCGUGUUCAGCCUCUAGCUGGGCCGUGGGGACAGGGCUUGCCCCGAGGCCCCUGGCUUCGGCCCCCAGCCUGGGAGACCAGGGCUUGAGCUUGGAGAAAGGGCCAGCUUGUGGCCUCUGUUGCUGGCCUUAAGAUCGGGAAAGGGGUCAGUUUUCCAGGCCUCUCAACCAAGAUGGGAGCAUUUCUGCAGAGUUGCAGUGGCUUCCCUCGCCCGUCGCCAUUCCCUCUUCUGGGACCAGUUGGCAUUGGGUGGCCCUUACAUUGGGCCAGGUGCCUCCAAACAACCUACCUACCUUUUGGAUUUCCUGGGGCUUUUUUUUUUUUUUUUUGGGCAGCACAUCUCCCGAGCAGCCCCGUCCCUUUGCACAUGCCGGAGGCGAUGUCCAUUCAUCGUCCUGUGGAUUUUCCCCAGUCCAGACGAAGGGGCCGUCAUCGAGACAGCGGCAGCAUUUAUGCAUCCCAUCAUGUGCGCUGGACAAUUCCCCGUGGGCUUUUAAUGGACACGCCCCGCCACUGCGGCCUUGCUCCCUUCCAGCGCACUGCUGGGCAGCCAGAGGCCCAGCAGGUUGGUGGCUCUCCUUUUCUUAUGAAGACACCCCCCCCCCAUUUCCCCCUUCCCAGUGAAAAACCAGAGGCAUUUUGAGGCUCUCCAGCUCUGGUUCCUGGGAGCCUCCCGUUCGGUCGCCCCCGUGCAGAGUCGGGGGCUGGCGUACAUUUUUAAAGCCUCGUCUCAAAGUAAAGUACUGAAUUGCUCAUCUGGAUCGUUUUGUCGGUGACUUAGCAGUGGCGUUCAAAAUCUGGCUUAGCUUUUCUUUUAAAUUUCCUACAAUGGGAUUCACUUCUGGCUUUGGUUUCGCCCUUUGUUUGUUCUCUAACCAGCCGGUGGCUUCCCCUAACGUGGCAGGUUAGUUUGUCUUCAGCUCAUCUGGUCAGUAUUCUUUAGUGGUCCCAUUGUGGGGGUUCAUUGCCCCUCGCUGCCCCCUCUCGAUAGGUCCUAGUCUAACUGUUACGUUUAAUCCCCUCCCUCCCCUUUCAGUAAAAUGGAAAUACAAUAGAAAUAUUGUAUUCUAAAUGUAGUUUAAAGCAAGGCAUAAGUUAUUGUUUAAAAUAAUCUUAAUUUUUUCCUGUGUAUAUUAAAAAAAGAAAAAGCCACAUCCAUUUCUCAAAUUGUAUGGAAAUAAAACUUUGGAAAAGUUAGGUUUAGUUCUGCCCUCCACUUUUUGUUUUGUUUGGUUUUGUUUUUUUUCCUGGUACUUGUAUUUCCACAUUGUAAAAUUAUCUCUAUGUUGGAUUAACAUUUUAAUUGAAGAAGACAAUGAUGAAUGGUGAUAAAACGUGGUAGUAGUUCCAGCUAAACCUGUGCCCAAAACACUCUUCAGAAAAAGCAAGCAAAAAUUACCGAAAAGACCUGUAUGUAAAAAGAAAAAGAAAAAAAAAGUAUAAUGGUUAUUUCUCUGUAUUUUUAGGAGCCUAACGACAUCCUUUAGUUAUUGGUGAUAGACUAUAUUUCCUUUUUAUGCUUCUAUUAAGGACGUUUUUAACUCUUUGUGGUUCUUUCUCUUCCCCCACUCCCCCCUCAGCCCAUCCAAUUAGUGCAUGAAAUUGUUGAAGUCUCUGGGCAAACAACGAAAAGCCCCCUUUUUUGCUGAAUUUAAACAGGAAAAAAAAUCAUGUUAUUUGCUACAGAAUAUUGUAUGUGUCUCAAUGGGAAUGGUGUAAAAACUUAAAGGCCUUAUGUGAUAUGUAUCAUAGUUAAUAAAUCAAUCUUGUUAAAAAAAA